GUUGAAAGUGUGUGGGGCGGGGUGGUGCGUCCGGCGUCGGGACGCGCAACGUGACGAGCAAAAAGGCGCCAGCAUGAUGUACGCCAGCAGGAGAAGUGAUCGUUCUCGUCCUGGCACUCGUUUUGCGCCGACGAUCGACGACGGGUGGGAACGGGCUGAAUACCAUCAGCAGCAACCCCAGCCACAACAACAGCAACGACAUCGUCAGCAUCGACAAGGCCAGAGAGAUGGUCGCGUCCGUCCAUCGGCGAUCAGUCGCGCGUACGCCAACGCUCGACUGCUGGUUUCACUUGGCACGUUGGCACUGUUGGUGACGUCGGUGAUGGCGGUGGGGGGUGUGUCAUUGACCGGAUCCAACAUUGCCAGUGUGCAAAUUUCAGGUGCAAGUGCAGCACGAUGGACGAAGGCCACCGAAACCGGUUCCGAACUACGGCGGAAGCCGCGAUCGCCGAUUGGAUCGGGCAGGAAAGAAGCGCCCAUAACAUCGCCCGAAGAAACAGAAGCAACCUGUUCACAAACACAGUUCACCUGUAUGAUGGAUGGCAAGUGCAUACCUGCCCUCUGGCGAUGUGAUACUUCCGCCGACUGCUCGGACGGCUCAGAUGAAGUCGGUUGUGAUAAAGCACACGCAUGCAACGAAGGUAUGUUUCACUGUAAGGUGUCCAAUCGAUGCAUCCCAAACGAUUGGACGUGCGACGGUGACGUUGACUGCGGCUUGGUGGAGAAGUACCAUAUGGUGGACACCUCGGACGAAGAUCCACAGCUGUGCCGGGCGCACAAAAAGUGUCUCCCAACGCAAGCCCUCUGUGGUGAUGGCAAGUGUUUGGAGAUUGAUCGGUUUUGUGAUGGAAGCUGGGAUUGCAGUAAUGACGAGCUGAACUGCUCCAGCAACAACACAGCAACGGCCAGCGCACCAACGAGCGCUUGCGACGCGCUCAAGUGUUCCUACGACUGUCGGUUAACAGCCGAAGGUCCCAAAUGCUUCUGUGCCAAAGACAGUCAACCGAAUGGGAAUGUGUGUGAAGAUUUCGACGAGUGUCAGAUCGAGGGCCUCUGCGAUCAGUUGUGCAAAAAUCUACCGGGAUCGUAUCAAUGCAGCUGCACCACAGGAUACGUGAAGCAGGGUAACACGUGCACUGCUGUUAAUUUGCCCAAGGACGAACCUGCUUCACUGCUGUUUACCACAUUCAACAAAGUGCAGAAAGUUUCCAUCAGCAACCGGACCGCAGUUCUGGAAGGAUCUGUUACGUUAAAUGACACCGGAGAAGGUGAAUAUCUUAAGCAGUCUUUCCCACGCAUCCGCGCCCUGGAAAUGGUACAUCGUAAUCGUACGUUUUGUCUUGCGCGUAACAAGGGCAAAUCGUUGCUUGAGUGUUACAGUGUUGACAACACUUCCCACAGCUGGACCAUGCCGCGUCCGGAUCUCUUUCCCAAUCUCGAAGACAUUGUCGACAUUCGGCUCGACUGGGUGUCGGGCAACUGGUACUAUCUCGACCAGCAGCGGGAAAUUAUCUUCGUCUGCUCACCCCAGAUGGUGCACUGUGCCAUCGUCGUAGAGGCACUGGCCGAAGUGCUUCGGCCACGACGAAUGGCUCUCGAUCCGACGAAAGGAUUUCUGUUUUUUUCUAAAUGGGGUAGCGGUGAUGUCAGCAUCGAAAGGUCACUGCUCGAUGGCACCAAUAGGAGCUCAAUCGUGCAUAAUAAAAUCAUUACCCCACUGGACAUUGCGCUAGAUUUAGUAAUGCAGCAUGUCUACUGGGUAGACACUCAUCUAGAUACGGUUCAGCGUGUAAACUACGACGGCAGUGGUCGCUGGUUUCCGAAGCGAAGCACAAACUUCAUGUUCAACUUUCAAACGCUCUAUGCUCUGGAUGUGUUUGAGCGCACGAUCUAUAUGGCGUCCUGGCAAAAUGGUAGCAUAGUGGCGCUAAACGGUACCACCGGUGAGGCGAGAAUCGUUGUCCCGAACGCAUACCAUGCGGUGCAUCUACACGUGUUUCAUAGGCAAAAGCAGCCGGAAGUGGCGCAUCCUUGUCGCAUUCAAAACGGUGGCUGCGAUCAACUAUGCAUACCAGUGUGGAAAAAAAUCGGUGUCGCCAUUGCACAAUGCAUGUGUUCUCCGGGCUACCGGUUAAAGACAAAAUCGCAAUGUGUACUCAUCAAGAGACCUACAUUUUUACUGUACGCCAAAACGAGCCCGGCCAUGAUACGAGGCUUCGCUGUUGGUAUCAAAUCUCAGGAAGCAAUUGUGCCCGUUACCAAUCUCGGUGGUCACAUCACGUUUGACUACCACGUGGAGGACCAGUUAAUCUUCUUCUCUCACAGCAAUAAAGACUCUCCUUCAUUUCGAAUAGAAGCACAAAAAUUGGACGGUACAGGGCGAGAACUGAUACUGGAAAGUCCUGGAUCGUGUGAUGGAAUAUCCUACGAUUGGUUGGGUAACAACAUCUUUUGGACAGAUUCCGACAGAAACCAAAUUUCUGUGGUAAAACUAGGACCCAAACGAUCGCGUUACACAAUUCUGCGACAUCUUUACGCGCCCAAAUCUAUUGUGGUAGAUCCAAAGCAAGGUUGGAUGUACUGGUCAUCGUGGUCAGUUCACGGUGGACGCAUUGAUCGUGCAUGGAUGAAUGGAUCUCAACCGGAACUGUUGGUAAGCAGCAAAGAUCGUCCAAUCGAGUGGCCAACGGGCCUUUCGAUCGAUACCAUCCAGAAGCGGUUGUACUGGUGCGAUGGACGCCUUAAUGUGAUCGAAAGCGUCAACCUUGAUGGAAGCAAUCAUGUGCUGCUCUUCGAUGGACGAUCACAAAACCGUUUCCCCGUCGCACUAGCCGUCCAUCGUCAGCUAGUUUAUUUUGCAGAUAAUGUAAAGGGUCAUAUUGAGAAGCUUAAUUUAAGCGAUCCACUCGCGCUAGAAACUAUAGCGAUAGAAAAACCGCAAGUCUUGGGUCUGAAGAUCUUCGAUAAUCUCACCCAGUACGGUGGAAAUGGACGUAAUGCGUGCGAAAUAGACUGUCCGGGGAUUUGUUUAAAUACUCCUGUUGCAACUGCCAGCUGUAAGUGUGAAGAUGGUCAGAUAUUGACGCUCUCAACCGACGGAAAGCCGGCGACUUGUGUCCCCUUCAAUCUGCAACAUUCGCCAGCAACUUGUAACAAUAGCACACAUUUCUUGUGUCGCAAUAAAAUCGACUGCAUUGAGAUCAAGUAUACCUGUGAUGGCGAUCGUGACUGUGAGGAUGGGAGCGAUGAGGAAACCACGCCUGAUGGACCAUGUGACCCAAACUGUGAUCUUGAGCAUAAUUUCAAGUGUGACGAGCAGAGAUGUAUCAGUCGAGUGCACGUGUGUGAUGGAUCGGUAGACUGCAUCGACGAAAGUGAUGAAGACUACAUUAAUUGCCCGAACAAAACGUGCACCGAACACUUUUUCCAGUGUGAAGUGAGCCAUCGAUGCAUACCGAGUACUUGGGUAUGCGAUCGACAUCUCGACUGCGGACCGAACGAUAAUUCGGACGAGCCAGAGCACUGCCACAAAUGUCCAGAGUUUGAAUGUAGAAACGCAGCUUGUGUGCCAUUUGAAUUUCUUUGCGAUGGAGUCGACAACUGUGGUGACCGAUCUGACGAAACGCAGUGCGACGUCGAGUGCGGUGCAAAUGAAUUCUUCUGCAGCCCGCAUGGAUGCAUCGAUCGUUCGCUAAUGUGCGAUCCUAAACUUAACUGCUUAAAUGCAUUCCACGAGUGUGACAAACUUUCUAAGGCUGGUGCCAAUGCGACAACCUAUCCCAGCGUCCACGUUCGUUCGGAAUCGGAAUUAAAAGACCUCUGUAGACAGGAUCUGAAGAUCAUCUGUGGUGCUGAUAAACAGUGCGAAGAAAACUACAACCGUGCGUGCCAACGAAUGGAGUUCGGGCCGUUCAAUGAAACUAUGACGUGUCACCAUCCGGAUCGACUGUGUCGUAUAACGAACGAGUGUAUAAAAGUGACGCAGCUUUGUAACGGCCGUACCGACUGUCCCGAUGGCACGGAUGAAGGGUUUCUGUGCGAAGAGAAAAAAUGUGAUAAGUAUAACGAUUGUUCUCAUUCGUGCCAUAAUGCUCCGGAGGGCUUGGUAUGCUCUUGUCCACCUCAUCUAUUUCUGCAACCAAAUGGCCGCGACUGUGGUCAUGAUCAUGCUUGUGACGCAUGGGGCACCUGUUCACAAGUUUGCACAAAAACUGGAACGCACUAUCGAUGUAGUUGCGUUGAAGGCUACACGCUUACGUACGAUAAGUUUACCUGCCGCAGUAAUAAUGCGGAUUCGCCCUACGUCAUUUUUAGCAAUCGACAGGAGAUACUCGGCUUCGAUCUGAACACACUUGGCGUAAGGAGUUUUUACACCUCGUUGCGAAACACGAUCGCAUUAGAUUUCCUGUAUCGCAACGAUUCCAUCCAGAUCUUCUGGUCGGAUGUGAUGGACGACAAGAUUUAUCGAGGCACGCUAAAGAACGACACGUUAAGCAACGUCGAAGCAGUCGUACAAUCUGGACUAUCGACGGCCGAAGGCCUUGCAGUAGAUUGGAUUGGAAUGAACAUCUACUGGAUCGAUUCAAACCUCGAUCAAAUCGAGGUAGCUAAAACGAAUGGAAGCUUCCGGAGAACGCUGGUAGCCGGUGACAUGGUCAAUCCACGUGCGAUCGCGCUUGAUCCGAUGGAAGGCGUCCUAUUUUGGACAGACUGGGAAGAAGGUUCGCCGAGGCUUGAGCGGUGCACAAUGGCCGGGGAAAACCGUACGGUGAUCAAAUACGUAGGAUCGGAUGGUGGCUGGCCGAAUGGAAUCGCGCUCGAUUACAUUCCACGGCGUGUUUACUGGAUCGAUGCACGUUCCGAUUCAAUUCACACGAUCACCUACGAUGGGCAGGAUCAUCAUCUUGUAAUCAAAGAUCAGGGUGUGCUGGCACAUCCGUUCAGCAUAACGGUGUUCGACAACUAUGUGUAUUGGACAGACUGGCGGACGUACUCCGUUAUACGAGCCAACAAAUGGAACGGCACGGAUGUGGCUGUGAUCCAGAAGACGCAAAGUCAACCGUUUGGAAUACAAAUUCUACACUCCAGUCGGCAACCAAACUCGCAGCCAAACCCGUGUGGCGUUAAUAAUGGAGGUUGUUCUCAUCUGUGCCUAUUGAGCGUUGGUUUGCGGCAUGAGUGCGCUUGUCCACAUGUAAUGCGUUUACAUGAGGACCGAAUGCAGUGUGUGCCAAAUGAGGAAAUUCUGCUGUUUGUGGUACUGACCGAAAUUCGAGGAGUUGAUCUUCAGCAGCCAGCACAUUACACGAUCCCAACUAUUAGUCACCAGACGCAAGUUGUACAACCUUCCGUGCUGGAUUACGAUAUCAGCGCUGCGCGGCUGUACUGGAAUGAUAUACAGCUGAAUGAAAUCAAAUCAUCCGGCUUGGCGACGGGACCAAUAGAGACUAUCCUCGAUACGGACAUUUCGCAUUCGCUAGGAUUCGCUGUGGACUGGAUCUCGAAGCUACUUUACUUUUCAACUGGUAACGAAACACACAGCCGCAUUAUGGUUAGCAAUCUGAACGGCGAAUAUGUGACGGAGAUCGCUAAUGAUCUGACCCUGGUCAACAGUUUAGUUGUGUAUCCGACAAGAGGUAUGAUGUACUUUGCAACGAUGAGCGAAACGCCAAAAUUGUAUGAGCUGUAUUCUAGUCGUAUGGACGGUUCCGAGCGGCAGUUGAUCAGUAAUUCAACGUUCUAUCCCGUCGACAGUUUGGCACUCGAUUUUGAAACAAACCGUUUGUACUACAUUUCUGCUCGAGCUCGCGAAAUCUACUACUAUGAUAUUGGUAGUGGCAAAAUCAUUCAAGUGCUUUCAUCUCACCAAGACAGUCACCCUAUCAGCACGAUCACCAUCUAUCGCGAUUCGAUCUACUACGAUGACAAUCAUGAUGGCCGCAUAAUGCGAUGCAAUAAAAACCUAUGCCAAAAUCCCAUCUCCGUGAGGAAUAAUACGAGCGGUCUUAAUGCGAUCCGAAUGUACCAUCCCGGGGCACAAAGUGGCACCAACUCUUGCCAGAAGCGAACGGACGGAACCUCGGCCACGGGCUGUGAACAUCUCUGUAUCCCCGUAUCAGCCCAAAGCCACGUGUGUCGCUGUGCGAUUGGAUAUAAAAGCGAUCCACGUAACGCAUCACGCUGUAUCGGAUUGGACGACAUUUUGGUGUAUUCGAUUGGUCAUCAACUCAGAGGUAUUGCAUUGUCCCCAACCCAGGUAGGGACGAGCGAUUCGCAAUCACGAGGCAAUCAGGAUAGCCUUGGGCCGUUGCAGCAAAUUUCGUUAGCUACAAGCAUCGAUUUCCAUGUCGCAAAUGAUUAUGUCUACAUUGCCGACACUGAUCGUGGAUCAAUCACACGCAUUAAGCGUGACGGCAGUGCACGGGAAGUGAUUAUAAGCAACUUUGAGCAGGUCGUAGAUGGCAGCACACUCGAUUGGUUAGGCGGCAUCGCAAUCGAUUGGGUGGCCCAGAACAUCUACUGGACGGACCAGAAACGAAACUUGAUUGAGGUGGCACGAUUGAACGGAAGUCUUCGGUACGUGGUCGCUUCGGACGUGGAAUCGCCACAGUUGCUGGCGAUCGAUCCAAUUCAAGGCUACCUAUUUUAUGUCACGCGCGGAACUAUUGGUCGGAUGGGAUUGGAUGGAUCUGGGAACUUUAUCCUGGUCAAUCGCACCACUGGCAUCAGUGACCUUGCUCUGGAUCUUGAAAAUCAGGUAGUUUAUUGGUGUGAAACAAGCUCCGACACAAUCUGGAAGGUGGACUACGACGGUAACUUGAAGCGGCUGUUGUUGAACGGAACAUCGCACAAUCCAAAAUCGUUGGAUAUCUUUGCGGACUCCAUUUACUGGGCAGAUUCGCGUGGUAACAUCUAUGAAGCAGGGCUGAGCAACGUUUUCAACUACAGAAGUGUGGUGGAAGCGUUGGAAGUAUCUUCGCUGAAGGAUAUAAAAAUUUUCUCGAGCCACAAGCAAAGCAAAACGAAUGCCUGCGGUGUAUCGAACGGAGGCUGCCAAGAACUUUGCCUAUUUAAUGGUACGCAUCCCAUAUGUGCCUGUUCGCAUGGUAAAAUAUCACUAGUGGAUCUGAAGACCUGUGAGCCGUACGAUAACUUUUUACUCUUCUCGCGCCAAUCGGCGAUCGAAAGCAUACACAUGACGGAUGAGAGCAACAUUAAUGGUCCCAUUCCGGAAAUUAAGAAUGCUACUUUUCUGAAAAACUCGAUAGCGCUCAGCUACGAUUACGACCAGCAGCUUAUUUUCUACUCAGACGUUGAACAUAGCACAAUCAACUGUGUGCACUUUAAUGGCACCAACCAUAGACGUAUCGUCACAAAGCAAUUAACCGUAGAAGGACUUGCAUUCAAUGUGCUUACGCGUGUACUGUUUUGGACAUCGAAAAAUGAGGCCGCAAUCCGAUCGCUCGAUCUGAGCAAUGCUUCUCUCUCCGAUCCGGUGGCAAAUGCGGCGCUUGUACAGGACGUAAUUAAGCUCCGCGCUACGGACAAACCUCGCGGAAUCGCCGUAGAGCCGUGUCUCGCGAUGGUGUACUGGACAAACUGGAAUCAACAGGCCGCCUCCAUACAGCGUGCGUAUCCUUCGGGAUAUGGGUUGGAAAGCAUCAUCACCAGUGACAUCCAAAUGCCGAAUGCGCUGACGCUCGACUACCAAGCGCGCAAACUGUACUGGGCCGAUGCAUUCCUGGACAAAAUUGAGCGGACGGAUUACGAUGGAAAGCACCGCGUUGUGUUGGCACACUCAACCCCUAAGCAUCCGUUUGCGCUGGCCGUGUUCGGUGAUCUACUAUUCUGGACGGAUCUAACCGUGCACGCGGUCGUUCGUGCCAACAAAUACUCCGGCAGUGACAUCGUGCUGUUGCGCCGGGAUAUUGCACAACCGAUGGGAAUUGUAGCUGUGCAAAGGACUGACAAGGAAUGUGCCGCUGAUCCGUGCCAGAUUAUGAACGGAUUCUGUGAAGACACGUGUCUGACCGAUGCGUCUGGAAAGGUGGAAUGUCAUUGUACGCAAGGUGUGCUUGCUUCCGAUGGCCAGCGCUGCAUACCGAAGUCGGUCAGCAAUUGUUCCUCGUCCGAGUUUAGCUGCACCAACGGUAACUGUAUUCCGUUCCAUCUGACCUGUGAUUCUAUCAAGCAAUGCCUGGAUGGCUCCGAUGAGUUACCAACCUUCUGCGCUCACAGACCAUGCCCGGCUGGAUUUUUCCGAUGCAACAAUGCGCGUUGCAUUCCACAGAAUCAACAAUGCAAUCACAUACAAAACUGUGGCGAUGGAAGCGACGAAAUUGGAUGUAGCUGCAACAGUGCAACACACUUCCGAUGCACAAACGGGCAAUGCAUCGUCAAAUCAAUGCGCUGUGAUUAUGAGCCCGACUGCAAGGACGUAUCGGACGAGAUCGGAUGUCCGGUGAUGCGAAGCUGCAUGACUGGAUUUAUUAAAUGUGCCAAUACGACCGCUUGCUACAUGCCGACGUGGCGCUGUGACGGCGAGAACGAUUGUUGGGACAAUUCAGACGAACUGGAUUGUCCGACGGCCAUCCCAACCUGCCCGGAGGAUAAGUUCCUGUGCGCAAACGGGCGCUGUAUACCGCAAUCGUGGCGCUGUGACGAUGAGGACGAUUGUACGGACUCAAAUGGCGGAGGCUUAAGUUCGGACGAGGUGGCUUGCGUGAAACACUGCAAACCAAACCAAUUCAAAUGCACAAACACUUCCGAGUGUAUCUCAAACAGCUGGCAGUGUGAUGGCCAUCCGGACUGUGCCGAUGGUUCGGAUGAGGGUGAGCACUGUUCGAGACGGGACUGUCCCGAAACGGAAUUCCAGUGUCCAACGACGAAUCGUUGCAUACCACAGAAGUGGGUGUGUGACGGUGACGUCGAUUGUGGUGCUACGCAGGACGACGAGAUGGGUUGCGACGAUAUGAUGCUGCACGUGUGUGAUAAGACUUCGUUUACGUGUACGAAUGGUGAGUGCAUCAGUCUGCUGGCCGUGUGCGAUGGCGAGCAGGACUGUGUGGACGGUUCAGACGAGCCACUGUACUGCAAGGAAGACGACGAUGGGUUCGAUGAGGAGGAAGGAUCCAUUGACCUGCGGUGUGCUGAUGAGGACCACUUCCGCUGCAACAAUGGUAAGUGUAUCGCGCGCAAUCUCACCUGCAACGUGAACAACGAUUGUGCGGAUGGAUCGGACGAAGAUAUACGAUUAUGCCGUAAUACGACGCUGAUCUGUGCCGGACCCGAUCUGUUCCGGUGCGAAAGUGGAGCCUGCAUAGUCAGCAGCAUGCUUUGCGACGGUGCCAAUGACUGUGGUGAUUGGAGCGACGAGAAGUCGUGCCAGGUCAACGAGUGUAAGAUGAUUCCGGAUCUUUGCGCACACGAUUGUGAAGAUCUGCCUGUGGGCUAUGAGUGCGUGUGUCGGAAAGGAUUCCGGGUGAAUGUGAACGACAAGCAUCUGUGUGUGGAUGUGGACGAAUGUACGGAACAGCAACCGAGACCAUGCUCCCAGACCUGUGUCAAUACGCACGGUUCCUAUCACUGUUCGUGUCUGGAAGGAUUCGUACUGCGUGAUAACGAUACUUGCCGUGCGGAUGGAGAUCAAAUCAUCGCACCAAAGCUCAUCUUCUCCAACCGGUACUAUCUGCGAGAGGUGGAUUUGAGCGGCGGAAUGACAAUCCUGGCCCACAAUCUAACAAACGCCAUAACGCUGGACUUUGACUGGCAGGAAAAAUGCUACUACUGGUCGGAUGUUACACGGACGGUCACCACCGUCAAGCGAAUGUGUGACAAAGGCGAAGCCGGAGAGGACAAUCGUACCAUUGAGGUGGUACAUCGAACGAAUUUGAAAAAUCCCGAAGGUCUAGCAGUUGAUUGGGUCGGCCGAAAUUUGUACUGGUGCGAUAAAGGUCUCGAUACGAUCGAAGUGUCGAAGCUCGACGGAAGAUAUCGCCGAGUCCUGAUUAACAAGGACUUACAGAAACCUCGCGCCAUUGCGCUCGAUCCUUACCGGCGCAACAUGUACUGGACCGAUUGGGGAGACGAACCGCACAUUGGCCGGGCCGGUAUGGAUGGAAGCAAUCAAACGUUCCUAAUCAAAGAUCAGCUCGGUUGGCCAAAUGCGCUUACGAUUAGCUUUGAAACGAACCAGCUAUUUUGGGGUGACGCUCGGGAAGAUUACAUCGCCGUCUGUGAUCUGGAUGGGAAAAAUGUGCGAAUACUGUUAACCCGAAAUCGACAGCCGGCACUCAACUUGCAUCACGUUUUUGCAAUUGCCGUGUGGGAGGAUCGCAUCUACUGGUCGGAUUUGGAUUCGAAAUCGAUCGAAUACUGUCACAAGUUUCGGGGCGAUGGUUGCGGUACGCUCAUCAAUACCAUACACCGUCCGAUGGACAUUCGAAUCUAUCAUCCCUACCGACAGAAGCAACCCGCCGAUAAUCCAUGCGAAACGGCCGGCUGUCAAACACUGUGCGUUCUUUCGCCAGAACCAGCCGGCUACCGGUGUCUUUGUCCGGACAACUUCAACCUGGCAGCGGACGGAAAGAGUUGUGUGGCGAAUUGCUCGGCCGCACACUUCCAGUGCCGGGACACGUUCAAGUGCAUUCCUUUCUAUUGGCGCUGCGACAAGCAGGACGACUGUGGGGACGGAAGUGAUGAGCCGGAAGACUGUCCCACGUUCAACUGCGAGGCGGGCCAAUUUCAGUGCCUCAACAAACAUUGCAUUAAUCCGAGCCAAAUCUGUGAUGGUAUCGAUCAGUGCGGCGAUCUAACGGACGAGCGAGAUUGCGAUCAGUUCGAGUGCUUCAGUUCACACUUUAAGUGUGGUGCCUCGCCGGCAAAGAAUACGAGCGCGUUCUGCAUCGAGGGUGCCCGACGCUGCGACGAAGAAGUUAACUGCCCGAACGGGGAGGAUGAGCAGGACUGCGAGCCAAAAAAUUGUACCUCCACCCAGUUCCGGUGUGCAAACGGUGGCAAGUGCAUCGAUCGUACCUGGGUGUGCGAUAACGUACCGGACUGUCACGAUGGUUCGGAUGAGCAGGUUUGUGGUCCGGCCACUACGUGCCCCGAGCACGAGUUUCGAUGUAGUGAGGGUCGCUGCAUUCCACAGUCAUGGCUGUGCGACGAUGAGAAUGACUGUGCGAAUGGGGAAGACGAGAAGGAGAACUGCAAGAAACCGGAAGCGAUCACCUGCGAACCGACUAACUUCCGGUGUAACAACUCCAAGUGUAUACCGGGAAGAUGGCGCUGUGAUUUCGAAAACGAUUGCGGCGAUAACUCGGACGAGCUGAACUGUGAACUGCGCAACUGUUCCGAGUCGGAGUUCCGUUGUCGCGAUGGACAUUGCAUUCGUGGAAUCCGACGUUGUGACAACGAGUUCAACUGUGCUGAUCAUAGCGAUGAGGAAAACUGCAACGUUACUUGUGGCGCGGAUCAGUUCAAGUGCAAAAAUCAUCCGGCCUGCAUUAGCAACAAAUUUAAGUGCGACGGUGAUAACGAUUGCAUCGACGAAUCGGACGAAGAGGAUUGCGAAUGUCAGGAGGGCGAAUACCGGUGCAACAAUGGGAAGUGCAUUCUCAGCAGCUGGGUGUGCGACGGCAUUGACGAUUGUCUGGACAACUCGGACGAAAUGGGCGAGUACUGCAAGGAGCACGGUUGCAACAAGCGUGCCUUCCGCUGUGCUAAUCGUAACUGCAUACGAAAGAGCUUGAUGUGCGACAACAAGGACGACUGUGGAGACAAUAGCGACGAGAAGAGUGCCCUGUGCCAGAAAUGUCCGCCGAACUCGUUCCGCUGUAACAGCGAUUCGAAGUGUAUAGAUAUAGCGCUGCGCUGUGAUCAAACUCCCCACUGUUUGGACGAGUCGGACGAGAUUGGAUGCAUCAAGACGGGCUGUGGGUUUGGUGCGUGCAGUCAGCUUUGUGUGGAGAAGAAGGGUCACUUUACCUGCCGAUGUGCGGAAGGAUACGCGAAGAGUGGCACGGGACGCAAUGCAACGUGCGUAGCGGUGGACGAGCAAGGGAUAUUGCUGGUGGCAUCGGAAUCUGAUUUCCGCAGCCUCUAUGUGGACACACCGGUGAUGGGAUACUUGCAGACGUCUUCGCUGAAGAUCGAUCGGUUCGAUUUCGCCAUCACGCGUCACAACAUUACCCUGUUCUGGAUCGAUAGCUAUGACACGAGCAUCAACAAGAUACUGAUGGACACGACGGUCAAGGAUGGAGAUUACUCGCAAACCCCUCCGAGCAAAAAGAAACACUCCCGUCGCGAUCUGCCUGCACCGGCACCUCCAUCAUACGAUCGAAUCAAAACGCUGGACGGUAAACACUCUUCGGUGGUGCUGAAAGAUGACGAAAUUGUACCGAUUGCUAUCGCGUGCGAUUGGCUAACGGAACGCUUGUACGUAAUCAAUAAGAAACGCAGCAAUAUCUUUGUGAUGAGCUUCAACGGUACAAAUCACACCACGCUAACGGCUACCGGCAAGCAUCCGAUCGAUUUGGUGGUAGAUCCGGUGAGCGGUAUCAUGGUGUGGUCCAUCAUGGAAACGAUCAUCAGUUCGGGAAUGGAUGGUCACGCCAAGCAAAAGCUUGUGCACACCAAUGUGGAGUGGGCAUCCGGUUUAGCUAUCGAUACGAUAACGAAGCGGCUUUACUGGGCAGACUAUCGAAAGUCUACCAUUGAGACGUGCCUUCUGUUGACUGGUGGCGAUCGUCACGUGAUCGCCGAACUCCACGAUUACUCCAAACCGAAGCUGCUGGAUGUGUUCGAAGAUAGUGUGUAUGUCAUACUUUACAAUCAGAACAUUCUGAAGCUGAACAAAUACGGCCGAGACAAUGGAACGUACAUGAACGAGGAAGCACGCAGUGCAGGUAGUUCCGGUGGAUAUCGGUCAUCUGAUGUACACUUCAUUCAUCCCCUAAAACAUGACAGAAGUGUUCCGAAUCCAUGCAUAAUGCAUCCAUGCCACAAUUCGACCGUUUGUCUACUCUCAACCGAAAACCGCCUACGACGUACCUGUCUAUGUACCGACGCACGCUCUGUUGCCAUUUUUGAUGAUCGAGGCGAAGUGAAGGAAUGUCUGGAAGCGCCUCCUCAAACUCCGGAAUGUAAGCUCCACUGCAACUAUGGCACCUGCUUCAUCGAUGCAGACGGUCAACAAAAGUGCAAUUGUUCUGCCAGCUUUGAUGGUAAAUACUGCGAUCAUUACAUAUGUUCCGGUUACUGCAAAAACAAGGGCUUCUGCGAGAUUGUAAACAACGAGCCAAAGUGUACCUGUCUCCCGCAAUGGACCGGCAAACGGUGCGACAUCUCAACCAAUAAAUGCCAACGGUACUGUCACAACGGUGGCAAUUGUACGAUCGUGCAGCGUGAUGGUGGCACGCUUAGCUGCAGCUGUCCGGCUGGCUACACGGGCGACCAGUGUGAACAUUGUGCGAAUUUGCGGUGCGAAAAUGGAGGCGUCUGUCGAAAGACAACCACCGACCGUAGCCAGUGUCUCUGUGCGGAGGGAUACGUAGGACGCAACUGCGAGAAGAACGUAUGCACAGCGUUCUGUGAGAAUGGUGGCGAGUGUACGAUCGAACGGGGAGCAGCGAAAUGUAGCUGUCCGGAAAAUACCUACGGCGAACGAUGCCAGCUUAGGGACUGUCCGGACCUUUGCCGAAACGGUGGAGACUGUGUGCCGGGUGAGCGACCGUACUGCAAGUGCCGGCAGGGAUACGAAGGCCGAUACUGUGAGCACGAUUUGUGCGAACUGCCGGAAGGAACGCGUCCAAGUUAUUGUUUACUAAUAAGACCCACUACUGAGCCUUCUGCACAUCCACCAUCAAGCACGUGUGGCUCCUUUAGCUGCAACAAUGGCGGACACUGUCUGGAGGUGCGUGGAAUGCCAAUCUGCAACUGCACGAUGCAGUACGCCGGCGAGCAUUGCGAAAGCUACGUCACGUAUCGCAAUCCGUGCAACAAUUUUUGCUUCAACAAUGGCAUUUGCCGGCUGGAUCUGUUUUCCUCUCCGAACGGCACGUACAUACCUUCCUGUGUGUGCAUCGGCGAAUGGACGGGCAAGCAAUGUGAUCGACCGCCGCGUUGCGUUGGUGACUGUGGUACCUGCAUCGAGGGAAGCUCCAUCAACGAAUGCACUUGUGAUGAUAACGAAAUAAGCACCUGUCUGCAAGAGGUAUCGCUCAGCGAACUAGAGCGUAUGGAUCCGAAUGGAUCCAGCUUUACGCUGUCGGUACUGGCGAUCGUUUUAUUUGCGAUACUCAUCAUAGCGGCCGGUCUUGGUGGUACUUUCUACGGACUGAGAAGAAGACGCACAGGACAACCGUUCCUGCACGCCCGGUUGACAGACAAUGUGGAAAUAACGAACCCAAUGUAUCUGGGCGAUGCUGACGAAGGUCCAGCAUUUGUACACGAAGACGAUAAGGUACACUUCGGCAACCCGGUUUACGAGCAGAUGUACGCCGGCAGUGUAAAUGUGCACAGCGACUCGUCAACAAUCGCUGGUAACAGUGCACACCCUUUGCUAACCACCGGUUCAACCGCACCGGAAGAGAAGAAAGGUCUGCUACAGCAUCCCCAGGAGGAUACGAUUGCGGCCGAUUUGUUAUGAUGUAAAACGAAAUAGUAGCAGUUGCUAAAGCGUCGGUU